CUCCAAAACUCCAGAUGAUCAUUUCAUCAGGAGGUUUGUUUUGUAUGCUAUUGGCAUUAUUUUAGCACCCACGGUACAGGAUUAUGUCGACUCCAAAUAUUUCGUCCUUGUUGAAGACGUCGCAAGAAUUCCCAAAUUUAACUGGGGAUGUUUCACACUGAACCAUUUGAUAACAUCCAUCAAUACUUUUAAUUAUAAGGAUCAAGUCAAUCUACAAGGAAAUCUAGCUUUGCUCCAAUUUUGGUAUUGGGAACAUGUCCGUGCUGGAUCGAUUUUGUAUUCUCGUAUACCCCGUCCGCUGAUGGCACGGUGGGAUGAAGCCACAGGUUGUCAUGAGCAUUGGCGAUCUGGAGCCAACCAACAUUACAAAUGACCAGCAUACCAAGAAAGGUACACAUGCGCAUGAAGAUGCUAUCUAUCGACCACAACCACGAGGUCAAACUAUGAGUAGCCAACAAAUGGACAUGAUACUUCAAACACAGAACGAUCUAUUUGCAGAACAAGAGAAAAAGUUGGUCAAACAAGUUGUAGAAGUAGAGCACAAAUUAGAUAAAAGAAUAAUCACCGUGACCGAGGACGUGAUAAACAUAAGGGGUAAAAUUGCCACUCAACCUAGGUUGUCCAAGCUGGAGGACGAAGUUGGAGACCUCAAAAGGGUAGUUGGAGACCUGAAAAGGGAACUCCAGGAAUUAAGAUUGCUAGGUGAAACAAACAAACAAUCAACGACAAAGAAUGCAUACGUACAGGAACAAGAGCAACCAAGCAAUGGCAAGUUUUCAUCAACUCCUGGGUUUGACGCAUGGAAAGCACGAAUUUCUGCUGGUAGACCUAGUGCAAAACCUGUGGUGCAAAACAAGGAGUUGGACCAAGACAUCCCACCACGGAAGCCUGUAUUCAACAAUGAUUACGUAUUGAUAGAUGAAGACUAUGAGGCUGCACUUUUCAUCCGAGAGAGUCACGACCUUGUUGAGGUAGUUCACAUCGAAGACAUUGUGCUAACAGUUCAUCAACUCAAGCCAAAUGUUAGCAAACUAUUCUUCGUCGAUGACGUUAUUAAUGCAUAUGCACACAUUAGCAAUGUUGCAACUGAUGCUACACCAUUCAUUUCCACCGUAGAAAGCAAAAGAUUGCUAGGCGAAUUUGGGGGUAUUCCAAUGGGAUGCAAAAGCCCAGAUGUUGCUAAUGUAGCAACGAAAUUUGUAGGACGCAGAAUGGUACGUGUCCCAAUGAAUGUGCACCGCAUGCACUGGUUACUACUCGUGUUUAAUUUAGACAAAGAAGAGAUCCAGGUCCUAAACUCCAACCAAGCAUAUCGUGACAUUGCCAAGGAAACUGCACUGGUAAUCUUGCUCUCUUGCUGCCUCUUACCAUCAUGUGACACCUUUUUAAAAGCACUAAUGCAAUCCCUUGAAUUACUCCUCGUACACCAGGUGGAGUCCAUUCAGGCGUGUAUCAAUGAAGCGGUCGAGGAUGGCUUGGUAACACCGCCUAAACCCAUCAAUAUUACCCAGUGGAAAACCACUUGCUAUACUAACAUACCACAACAAACGGAUGGUUAUUCCUGUGGGGCGUACACACUCAAAUACAUGUUGACAUGGGACGGAGAUAAAAUUACCGAGGAUUUCACACAGGAAGAAAUAUAUAUUUUCAGCUGGAAAAUAUGUUCAAACUACUGCGUUCAGAUUGCAACAAGCUUCAGAAAAGUUCAUACAAGAAUCCUAUAACGAGGGACGAGUAUGAAGCCAGCAUUCCAGAGGAACGAAAAGGUGAAGACGACGACGUCACGAUUAUCACCGACCCUGAUGUUACAAAGAAAGCAGACACAUCCGGUGCCCCAAAGCGUAAACGUGGACGCCCGAGGAAGAAUGCCCCUCCUAGUAAUCCAGUGAAACAACGAUUUGACACCGAGACUAUCGCUAAACAAGUGGAGUUGCAAAGACGCAAGCGCAAACCAUCAAACGUCGUGUCCAGCCCAUUCGUAAAGCCAUGAGUGGGCUACACGGAGAGGCACUUCAAGGGCAGUUCCAAAUGAUUGAUCUUCAUAGCAUGUUCUUUGAAUUAAAGGCUACACUUAUGUUCUGAUGUUUUUGCAUUUUAUUUGUAUGCUUAUGUCCAUCCAAAUGCUUGACUUUUCAUUGGCUCUUUUUUUAAGUAUACAGUUCUGGUUUAA